AUGCUGAACAUCGUUUUAUUGGUCACAGCCAUCUGCAUUGUGAUUGUACUCAUAGUCUACCUCUUCUUUUGGAAUCGUGUCGUCGGAUAUAUCUUUGGCCUAAUAGCGCGACUCUUCUUCUGGAGUCAGGGAGAGUCGAGUGCGUGGGUGGAUAUUGGCGCAAUACAUUUCUCCAUCCUUAGCGGGAGGAUAUUGUUCAAGGAUGUACGCUACCACACCAGCAACCAAACAAUCAAGAUUGUCAAAGGUCAGCUUAGUUGGCGGUAUUGGAUACGCAGGCCAGCGGAAGAAAAGGAUAUCAGUCAUACCCAAGUAGUCGGUGAAGAGAACAAGCUGAGAGGACAUGUCCCACUGCUGUGUCGCAUUCAUAUGUCGAUCCAGGGUUUGGAGUGGUUCAUUUACAAUAGGACGGCGGCGUAUGACAACAUUGCAUCUCAGAUGGAGUCAGAAGUCAUACCGUCCACUCCAGCACCCACACCGACCCACUUCAGCACUGAGGGAAGAGGGCCCGUUCGGAAGAUAUUCAGCAGAAGCUCUGCAGUGCACGAAACCUCGAUAUUUGGUCCUCCAGUAUUCCUAGUGUCCUCCAUAUAUAAGAGGAUGCCUGCGUACAUCAGACGGGUAGCUACAUGGGCGACACACCAGUUGCCCAACUUCGACCUGACAAAUCUCCUACCUGUGAGCAUUGAGGCGACGAAAGCUGCUAUUAUUUGCGGUAAUGCUUCCACUCCCAAUCUUCUGGUGGCGGAAUUCAGCAAGGCAGAGGGAACCUUCGGUGUCGUUCAGGCGCGAUCAAAGUACGACCUGUAUAAGCAAUUGUUCAACAUCAAACUCCAAAAUGCGUCUGUCUGUUACGUGGAGAAUGUCGACUACCGCAACCAUAUGACUACAGCCGGACAGCAGGUCCAUGAACACAUCAAGGGCUCUCGAGACCGCCCACUGAGACAAUCUUCAUAUCUCUCCUACUUGUCCUUCGAGAAGCUGUGGAAUGAUUUCAAGCUUUGGUCUGUGACAUCCAUGUCGGGACCGCGCACAAGACUACUCGCCUUCAUCGCAGUGUUGGUUCCUCACCUACCUACCACCUGGCCUUGGAGGCACGCACCCAAGAACACAGACGACGAAACUCCCCUGGGUGCGGAUUUCUCCACGUUGGAGUAUGCUAUCGAGCGCAAGGUCCUCGAGGCCCCAGAAUUGGAGCUUAUGUAUUAUGCCGAUGUGGUUGGAGUUGUGCCGUCUCAUACGGAACAACAGCAGAACACCGAGGGACUUGAUCCGUUCGACAUUGGCAAUGGUGACCUUCCGCCGGAGUGGGGUAUGGACUUCGUCGUCAGAGGCGGAUACUUGCGGUACGGCCCAUGGGCUGAUCGUCAACGGUUGUUCCUGCAUCACACAUUCUUUCCUCAAACAUUCCACGACGUAGAACCAACGCAGCGUCUCACGUCCGGCGACAAACGGAUGUGGACUGGUCUCAAGAUUUUCAUUGAGCUUCGAGACGGGGUUACUCUACAAAUUCCAUUCCGCGAGGCUUCUAAGGACUGGCAAUGGGACGGAAAAGUUGAGGUGCCUAACAGACCACGAAAACGAGAGCCUGCUUCAAUCCAUGUCAGGGCUGGAGACAGUUCAACAAUCAGCUACAUCGUCCCGAUGGUAGCUGGACCAUCAGGCUACGACUCCUUCUCAGAAGUACAUUUGGAUACUGUAACAGUUACUUCUAGUCUCAAUGACAUCCGCUUGAUAACUGCUGACUCGUGCAGGCUGCAAUGUCAUCUCCCUUCACCUGUAAAGUGGAAUGAUGAAAGGAAAUGGACGUUUACCGUAUCGCUUCGCCAGACGUCGUUAUUUCUCCUGCGCGAUCACGUCAACAUGCUCACCGACCUGAGCAAAGACUGGAGUACAGGUCCACCCAGUGGCUACUACCGCUACAUUCCCAUGUUGUAUGCCAUCGAUAUCAAAUUGCACAACUACGAGCUCAAUUUCUAUGUAAAUGAUCACAAUAUCAUCGACAAGCCUCUCAUCAAGGAGGACAACUCUUUGCUGACACUACGAGGAACCCACAUUCAUAGUGGUAUCCGAAUCCCUUUCUUGAAGUAUCGUCCAGAUGCUACUACCGUGUCCUUCUGGACAGAGGCUCCGCAUGUAGCUGUCUCUUUGACUCUCCCGAGAUGGAACAUACACAGCUUCUUUCCUACGCCGAAGCGGAAUAGCGUGGGGACAAUAGGGCUCUUGCGCGUGGAUGGUACUUAUCAGUACCAUGCGGAGGUCCGCGAAGACAAUGUCGAGCAACUCAAGCUUGACAUUUCGGGACAUGACGUUAUCUACAGAGCCUUUGGAUGGACCGUGCGGCACUUCAUGAUCUUGCGAGACAAUUACUUCGGGUCCUUCACUCAUUUUUCGACGCUUUAUGAAUAUCUGAAGAAGCGAAACGAGGAUCAUUUUGUUGGAGAUCCAACAGACUUGCAGUACAGGGAAGGAACGUCAAACCCGUUAGAGGUCCAGGUUACUGUCUCUGUGGACCGAGGUUUGAUCGUGCUUCCAACUGGAUUACCAGGCUACGAGAUGUAUACUUCAGAACGAGCUUUCACACCGGACCCGGACGACAUUGGGUCCUGUGUCGUUCUGAGCGUUCCAAUGCUUCAGUUGCAGCUGCGGACCAAUGAUUAUUACAUGGAAAUGUCACUCAACGUGGAUACCGUAUCUGGUCACAUUGAAGAUUCUUGCAUCGAAGAACGUCUCUCUUUCUCAUCGAACCCGAGCAACUCGAACGAGGCGUUCGUGAUCGAUGAGAUCGACAUCGUUGCGAAUAGAUUGUUUGGACCGCGGCCCCGUACAUCAACUUACGUUUGCGUCUGGGAGAUCCAUGUGGGCCAUAUCAGAGGUUUACUAUCGGCAUACGAAGGUCGCUUGCUCUCCGCUGCUGGCACUUCCUUUGGUUUGAACUUCACGGACGUUCUUAAUGCUCCUGCCAAGGAGUUCGCUCUUCCUCUGGACCCUGACGCCACUUUCUUGAAGAUCACAGUAGACACAGUCACCAUUGCUUGGCAUGCUGGAAGUGCCGUCGCAGAAUUGGCUUUUCCAGAUGGACUUCGUUUCGACAGCAGCGACCUUGCGGGGAAAUUUUACCGGAAAGUGACGAGUUUGCGUUUGCCCUGCGCAUCAGUCAAGCUUUUUCUCAGCUCAAAGAAAUCUUUGCCCAUGUGGUACGAGGCAUCAGAGGUACAUUUUGACGCCAACCUAGAUUUGUAUUCCGCCCCUUUGGGCUGGCAAGAAGCGGCUCGUAGUCAGCUCGAAUUCAUUGCUCGGCAGGACGAACUCAGUGGUCGUGCAAGAUUUCUGUACUCUAUCGACUUUGAGGACCUGCAUGAGAAACUUUUAUCAGAUCAUAAUUCUUUCGUUCAUGGGUUCUAUUUACCUCAACUUCGUUUACCGCUGUCAUCGACAAGUGAACCUCGUCGCGGCCGUAUGAUGGAUAGAUCCCCCAGGUUGCAAGGUCCUCCUCCGCGGAUAUUCUCGUCACCUUUGACACAACAGUCAGAAUCUGACUAUGACGAGGGCAUGUCCGAAAUGGACCGCGAUGCGCGUUUAGCCAAUUCUCGCCCUGCUGCAAGAACUAUUGCCGAGCUGUAUAGUGAUGGCCGCGAAAGCUUAUCUAGCGCAGAAGAAUCUGAUGACGAGGACUUGACAGACGCACGGGAAUGGGAUAGCGACUAUUCGGAUAUCCUGGAUGAUCUUCCUGUUGAGCCUGGUUGGCCUCCCCUCGCUCCGUGCAGCGUCCUCACCAAGCAAUAUGCGACACACUGUCUAACUCGGCCCUCCCUGUGGAACGGAUCACCUUUCAGGCUCAUGCGAAACACAUCUCCUCGACGAUGGCGGAUAACGACUGAGAAUCCGGCGACCUCGCAAGAUGGUAACGAUGCAAGAGUCCCGCUCUGGGACGUACCCAGCCAUCACUUGAGCGACGAGGUGGAUACCACUAUUUUCCGUAUCGUCUGCAAGAACCCAGCGGACAUACGAAUUACACCUCUAAUCCUUCCUGUCGUCGCCGAACUCUUCAAAGACAUGAACAGCCAUCAAUUGAGUCCUGAACUUCGUUUUGAUGCAAUCAUGGCUAAGCUAGUCCAAACUAUUCCAUCUGAUGCAGGGCGAUCAACUAUGUUUGACGUGCACGUCGCUUCCCUGCGGUUUGUUUCCGCGCAGGUUAUAUCGCCUGUUAGUCAUUUGUCUGACGCCAGGGAUGGCGAACAAAGGGCAUUUCAGCCUACUUCACGGGGUAUCUCCACCCUUGAACUGCUGUUGGAUUCCUGCCAUAUCAAGGGGGAAACUACAGAGCAUCAUCCGCAUGCCUCUGACGAGAGACAUAUGGCUGCCUCGCUCCAAGCACUCUCUCUCACCCUCAGAACAGAGCAUGACGCUGACCCAGAGAAACCGGUCCCCCAAUCGACAUGCAAACUGGCCCUCGGUUCUAGCGAUGCAGGACUGAUCGAACAAGAUUUUACAUUAUCUCUUGGAUCUCUGGUCACAGAAUUAGGACAUGCAGCUCCCGACGCUGCAUUUGCCACUGCAGAUGUUAUAGUAACUUGUGCUCAGGCGGUGAAGGAGUUGCACAAGCAUUUGUCUAGCCGCACUCCUGCACUGGACCAGCAAAUUAUUCACCAAGUUCUCAAGUAUUCCCGUCAACGGCCCGUCGUCGACCCUCUCUCGACGAUUCAGCCUUCGUUUCUGGUCCAGAAAGGACGACCAGACAAAUUACGCAAAAGCAUCAGUUUCAAAUUUCUGGUCUACUUGCGUAAUUGUCUUCGACACCUGGAAGCGCCAGAGCGCCGCGCCAUUCUAGCUUUGGAACCCGAUCUGCAGUCGGGUAUAUCCUUGGACGAUAUCAUCUCUACAUUGGAGAGUAACCAUUUCAGUCUUGGGUUCGAUGAUGACGCCUCCAACCUUUCUCAGCAGUCCUUACUGCAGGAACUUUUCCCACAUUCGAAUACUUUUUCGACACAUCCCAAGAGUAGCCGCGACGCACUUCCAUUUGUCGCAGCUUCAAUCCAUUUGAAGUUAAUCAAAUUGUCGAUCCUACAUCCUGUCGGCAGGAUCAGGAGCAUUUUCUCCUUAUGCCCAUUGCUUAUUGUUUUUCACAUUGGAUCUUCGUUGUUGCUGCAAUCUUCUACGUCGAACCAAGGAAAGAAUCAUUCCAACAUAUUGAAUGAACGUGGCAAUAUUCGGCGUAUCAGCGUUUCAGUCUGCCUGGAUAGGGUUACAUCGACAAUUUUUCCUCAGUCAAUGCCCUUCAUCCAGGUGCUUCUGCGUGCACAACGGCAAUAUUCUUUUAAUCGCCGCCCUCAGCAAGGAGACGAGGAUUCUUCCAGCAUGGCCGUUCAUACAACAUCUCAUCGCGUCUAUAUCACAGGCAUUGUUGCUAUACAGCAGGUGCACAUCACAGCAGCGACCGACAACCUUAAAGUGGAGUAUACCGCUGGUUGCCUGACGUACGCCUCUACUUCCCUUCUGCAUAUUCCCUCGAAUGGCCGUAACUCUGGGCGUAUGUCCACCAAUCAUUCACUGAUGUUUGGAGGGAUGGCUCUCCAGGCCUGUUCCGUUGCCGACUCGUCCAGGUCCAGGGAACACGCUGUUCUGGCUUCAUUGAAACUUGAAAGGGGUAGAACCAAUUGUGUAUUGCUUCAGGACUCUCAAACAAAUCCAGCAAUAAGGGUCAUGUUCGGCUUGGAAAAGUUGCGAGUUAAUGUUCCCCGCAGCGCCCUACGCCUCUAUCGUUUUAUUGAAGAGUGGAGAGCAGACUACCUUCCUGGUAUCAAUGCUACAAUACAGGAAAUACUCUCCGAGCUCCACGAGGAACCCGCGAGACCGCCCAAAAUGUCUCCCCGGAAGUCUGCGACCUCCAAAUCGCUUUCAAUCCAGAUGCAGAUAUCGCUUUCUUCCUUCCAGAUAAAUCUCCAGGUGAUGCUGGGGACUUGGCUAUCUUGGGAAAUAUCGCAGAUUGUUACUUUCUUAGCAUCUCCAGGUAACGACAGCCGGAAUGGUACAAAUGCUUUUGGUUUGCAGAUGGGACCGCAUAGGUUUGGUAUCUCAUCCAAGACGCAGACAGUUGUGGACUCGGUGCCUAAUGUGCGUCUGAAGCUGGAGCUCCCGAUGUUCACAUUGAGAGGAACCUAUGACAAGACCGGUAUUCAAGGUCUGGCUUUGGUAGAGUUGUUUGAAUUCAGCAUGAAACCGUCCGAUUGGGAUACCGUGCUUUCCGUCCAGCAGAAGUCAGGUCAGGAUUUCAAUGACCUUGUCCAUCUCAUUGAAGAAACUCGCCAGAGACGGACGCUCUCAAAGUCGGCGCCACCGAAGGGUAGUGCCCGGAAAGUCAGCGGUUCCUUCAGAAUGAAAGGUUUCCGCAUUGGCCUUGAAGACCUUUCCUCUACGCUGUUGCUAGAGUGCGACGAUAUCAAUGGAGGGCUUGAGAAUAUGACUGACCUAACGUGGCAUCUCAAGCUGUCUGAUCUGGCGUUGUCUCUGGCUUCUUCCACUGUCCGGGAUACUCUAGACAGAGGUCAUCGCUCUGCUUUCGUGACUGUUGACUUCCAAGCCAAUAUGGGACGACAACCGGCUGUCCUUCAGGGACAACUUUUGCAGAUUGCGGUAACAAAGGUGCAUGCAGUGAUGCAACCGACCUCGAUCGGUGAAUUGGGUGACUUGGUCGAUCAUUUGCAGGCAGAAGUCCUCGUUCGGAAAGAGGAACGUGCAACUGAACUUGCAGAUUUCAAAGAGAAGACGAGAAGUAUUAUGCGGUCGCUGGAUGUCAAAAUUGGAGAUAAACAGCACCCCGAAUACUCCUGGUUGGAUCACUACACUAUCAUAAUAUCAAUCCGAAGUAUUGGAGUAGCUUUCCCACUGGCAUUCAAUGGUGACUUACAGAUGCCCCGAUCUGGGAAGCAAGAUGAUGGUUCUGUAAGAGCGUUCUUACUAUCGAUCAAGUCGUUGCAAUUCGGAACGCAACGCGGUGAGAGCGGACAGGCCACAAUGAGGGGCUUUUCUUUUCAAUUUGUCCUUCACUUCAGGCAGUCAUUUGGCGGUGAUUUCUCUGGUGACAGUCAUCAAACCCACAACAGACUGCUCUAUCCAGAGGUGACCGCUCAAUUACGUUCGGAACGGUUGGGCGCAUCACGACGCAUCCGCAUCGGAGCAGAUGUCAGCGGCUUCGUACUGGAUGUUGACUGCACCAUUCCCGAUUACAUCUUUUCGUUGAUAGAUGUUUAUCACCAGGGAAAGGAUCGAAUGGGGCGGUUCACAAGUCACAUACCUCGUUCUCCCAUUUAUACAGACUUGUCACCCCGGAUUCAGAAAGCUACGGCGGGAAUGCAGCAAAAUGCUCUUCCGACGUCCAAUAUUUUCUUAUCGCUGACAUUUGCUAGCGGCAAGAUCCUCAUGCAUAGCCCAGAUUCGGACGUCGAAUUUUUGCGAAGUUGGCCUACGCCUGCAAAUUUUGGACCUACGAUCUCUCAAAUGAUCGAUCCUGGAGUAGAGGUGUUCAAUUUACCGGUGGUAUCAGUUUGGGGUGAAUAUCGCGCAAAGCCAGCGUCCCAGAAGUUGAGCGGCGAUGCUAUCGGUGUUGCAGGACCGUCUACUCUGAUGUUCAAGGCCACCGUCCAUUCUAGCCAAAAUAUUCUCAGACCCACUUUGUUGCCAUUUGUGACGGAGCUCGUUGAUCAUGUCGAGGACCGCUUCCGGUAUAGCAGUCAAAGAAAUACUCAAUCGUCUCCCUUCCGUACGCACGUCGCACUCCCUUCCGUGUCUACAGAACAAACGUCGGAACAUGUCCUCGAUCCCGUCUCUGGUAUGAAGAUCAGCCUCAGCCUUCGCAUAGAUCAAUCCAAGCUCGAGCUGACCUGCCAACCUGACGUCAAUGUCAUUGCUGGCGUCAAUUGGAAGAGCGGAGGGUUUAUCGUCAAUAUUUCACCAGGUACUAGAAGGGUUGUCUUCACCGGAAGUGUUGGCGGGCUGACUGUUAGCCUCAAACAUGGGUUCCUGAGCGACGAUUGUGUGAGGUUAGAUGCGCGUAAUCUCGCAUUCAACAUGACUUUUGCCAAGAUGGGAGGAUCUACUGUCGACAAGACGACGAGUUCCAUAUCCGUGGUGCUUGAUACGGAAUUUUCAGGAAAUGUUCGUUUAUCCCGGCUACAAGAUGUCUUGUGCUUCAAAGCUGUAUGGUUGGAUCGUAUCCCCGUUUUAACCGGGCAAAUCAUUAACACCCCUGAAAGGUCACCGGGAUCUCCACGUAAUCCCUCUAACGGAAUAUCGACCUCGAAGCCGGAGUUGACGACGGCUGUACUCCUGCGUCUUCGUCAGAUACGACUGGACGCAGAUCUCGGGCAGUCCAUCAGUCUUAUCAAACUGAGUGUCAACAACAUGCUCAUCCGUAGCAGACUCAGCGAAGCCCGCUCUGAAAUGUCUUUGUCUCUAGCAGAACUCUCCAUAUUGGCAUCUGGUAACAUCUCUGGAGAAGCUACUGUGCCCAACUUCCUGUUCCAGACAGUUCGUAGGAAGGACAGUUCUGCUGGCAAGACGGGUAGAAUGCUGGAUUUGACUAUGACCAGUGGAGGUCUGUCCAUGAUACUCGAGUCUGAGUAUCAGAAACUCAUCCAGUAUCGUGCGGAACCUGUCAAAGUCACAAUAUACGACGACUGGUCAAAACUCUCAGCAGAAGUUCCCGAACAUGAGCGUCGCGUUGACGUCGCGUUCACUGUUUCAGGCACAGAAGUCAUGGUUAUCAUGAAUGUCGGCACCAUCCCAAGAUUGCUCUCUUAUGCCAACAAGUUGACAGCGAACCUAGACGCACAGCGAGAGGGUGCAAGCCGAGAAUCGAAGGCCUUCAGGGUUGCUAGCUCGCCUAAACCGGACAAUCCCUUGUCAGCUGUGGCAAACGCCAUGCUGAGGUCUACCCGCAGCCGACUGAAAGAGGCUGAUACUACCUUACCAUGCAUCAUACGUCAGCGUAUGAGUCUUGACCUGGACUUGCUGCAACUGGUUGUUUUUCCGCGAGCAAUGCGCGAUCCGGAUCUGGCUCAGUUCAUUGGCCGGAAUGUGCAUGCUCGCCUUGACCGAUUGGUUGAAAACAAUGCCUUACCUUCCAGACGCGAUCUCAAGCUUUCGUUCGCGUCAAUUACUACGUCAAAGAUCACGCAACUUAAUCAUGCCCUUGUUGCCAAAGAGAAAGUUGUCGAGACCAAGCGGUGGUUGUCGAUGCUUGUCAAGGAUGCUCCUGAGGCAAUAAUCUUUGGUUUGCCUUCCAUGGACAUACGUAUGCUCAGUCAUGAGAGCAUUCAGAAUCAGAGGAGGGUGCUCGGAUAUGACUUCAGCAGCAAAUUUACCAUUAAGAAAGGCACCAAGGAUUCCGAGGACAUAUACAUCACGCUGAACAUGUCCCUGUAUUCUUGGCUCACGUUACUACGGAAAACCUUCGCUCGGGAAAUGGAACAGGUGCAAGCAGCUGCGGACAUACGAGCUGGCCCAAGCGCGCUGGUGCAGCAGGCAGCGAUGAACCGCAGGAAAGCCCUGGACCCCCUUCUUAUCCCUGCAGACAGACGGUCAGAUAUUCUAUCGAUGACUCCCGAACCUGUAGAGACUGUGAAACCGCGUUCUCCGCGAGGCCCUAUCUCGCUGCCCCACUCGUAUUCAACGCCGUCAUUACCUGCGGCUCUUCGCUCGUCAGACGGAGGCCUCGGCUCUCCUGAUCUCGUGGCUUCUCCGUUGAAGUUGCCGAUCAGUCCCCCGUCGCUAUCCAGGCCGACAUAUCCCGGGAUGUCGACAACCUUCUCAGAUACCCUGACGGCUCUGCCGCUGCCCAAAACUACUACAACUCCUGGCAUAAUUUACGAACCGCACCACCGUGUUAUUGAGCGCCUUACGAUGCGACAGUUGGGUGAGGCUACACCUGACGUCAUGCAUCCAUUCUUCAUGAAGAAAGCCGGAUUCAGCUUGGAAGAUUCUUUACCACAAUACGUGCACGAAUACGCUACCAUUCCUACGGAGAGCAUCAUGCACGUAUUGUUAAAGUUAUACAGUAAACAGUUAAGUGUAGACGAUCUCACAAAUACCCAAGUGUAG